GACGUGUUUGUGUGUGUGUGUGUGUGUGUGCGCGCGUGCUACCAUCAUCCAGUCUCCAACGUGACCUCCUGCAUCAGCAUCCUCCUCCUCAUCCCAGAACUACUGCGUUGCAUCUCCACUCUCAUACUCUACAUUCAUGGACAACGUCGCUUGUAGGAAGAAUUAAACUCCACGGACGAAUCUCAGUAUAAAUAACGACUUUCGAGUAUUUUCCCUAAAGAUAACGAUGAGGCGGGAUAGGGACCGCAAUCAGAACAGGGACCGGGACCGGGAUCGAGAUCGUUACCGGGAUCGAAACAAGGACAAGGAUGUGAAGUCCUUUGAGGGGCCAGCUGCUGCCAGUAUGAGCUUCCUCAGUCGCGCCCCCAUCCAGCAGCAGAUAAACGCCUUCACUGGCCUGCCCCACACGCCGCGCUACCACGGGAUCCUGAAGAAACGGCUGCAGCUGCCUGUCUGGGAGUACAGAGAGACCUUCUCUGACAUCCUGAUGAGGAACCAGUCUUUUGUCCUUGUGGGAGAAACGGGCUCUGGAAAGACCACGCAGAUCCCUCAGUGGUGCGUCGACAUGGUGCGAUCGAUGCCAGGACCUAAGAGGGCGGUGGCCUGCACCCAGCCCAGGAGGGUAGCUGCCAUGAGCGUCGCCCAGAGGGUGGCAGAUGAGAUGGAUGUCAUGCUGGGCCAAGAGGUGGGAUACUCCAUCCGAUUUGAGGACUGCAGCUCUGCCAAGACUGUUCUCAAGUAUAUGACAGAUGGAAUGCUGCUUCGGGAGGCUAUGAACGACCCCCUGCUGGAGCGUUAUGGCGUCAUCAUUCUGGAUGAGGCUCACGAACGCACUUUAGCAACAGACAUCCUCAUGGGCGUUCUCAAGGAGGUAGUCCGCCAAAGGCCUGAUCUUAAGGUCAUCGUCAUGAGCGCCACGCUCGAUGCGGGAAAGUUCCAAGUGUAUUUUGACAACUGCCCGCUGCUAACCAUCCCCGGACGCACACACCCCGUGGAGAUUUUCUACACACCAGAACCGGAGCGAGACUACCUGGAAGCAGCUAUCCGCACUGUGAUCCAGAUCCACAUGUGUGAGGGAGAUGAGGGGGACAUUCUGCUCUUUCUCACGGGACAAGAGGAAAUUGACGAAGCCUGCAAGCGAAUCAAGCGGGAGGUCGACGACCUGGGGCCUCAAGUCGGUGAUAUGAAAACUAUCCCCCUGUACUCCACUCUGCCUCCACAGCAGCAGCAGAGGAUCUUCGAGCCGCCCCCACCCAAUAAACCAAACGGCGCCAUCGGAAGGAAGGUCGUCGUGUCAACAAACAUUGCCGAGACGUCCCUGACCAUCGACGGAGUGGUGUUUGUAAUUGAUCCUGGAUUUGCCAAGCAAAAGGUGUAUAAUCCACGCAUCAGAGUGGAAUCGCUCUUAGUCACAGCCAUCAGCAAAGCCUCCGCUCAGCAGAGAGCAGGUCGCGCUGGACGAACACGCCCAGGAAAAUGUUUCCGCCUUUACACAGAGAAAGCGUACAAAACAGAAAUGCAGGACAACACAUAUCCAGAAAUCCUGAGGUCUAAUCUUGGCUCUGUGGUACUGCAGCUGAAGAAACUGGGUAUUGAUGACCUAGUACACUUUGACUUCAUGGAUCCACCAGCCCCAGAGACCCUGAUGCGAGCCCUGGAGCUGCUGAACUACCUGGCAGCGCUCAACAACGAUGGCGACCUGACCCAACUGGGCUCCAUGAUGGCAGAGUUCCCCCUGGACCCCCAGCUUGCCAAGAUGGUCAUCGCCAGCUGCGAUUUCAACUGUUCCAACGAAGUCCUCUCCAUCACUGCCAUGUUGUCAGUCCCACAGUGCUUCGUUCGACCCACGGAGGCCAAGAAGUUGGCGGAUGAGGCCAAGACGCGCUUUGCCCAUGUCGACGGGGAUCACCUGACACUGCUCAAUGUCUACCACGCCUUUAAACAAAACCACGAUUCCACCCAGUGGUGCUACGAUAACUUUGUCAACCAUCGCUCGCUGAUGUCGGCGGACAAUGUACGGCAGCAGUUGUCGAGGAUCAUGGACCGCUUCAACCUGCCGAGAAGGAGCACUGAUUUCAACAGCAGAGACUAUUACAUCAACAUCCGUCGAGCGCUGGUCACUGGAUUCUUCAUGCAGGUCGCUCAUCUGGAGCGGACAGGCCAUUACCUGACGGUAAAGGACAACCAAGUCGUCCAGCUGCACCCGUCCACCGUGCUGGACCGCAAACCUGAGUGGGUGCUCUACAACGAGUUUGUGCUCACCUCCAAGAAUUACAUCCGCACAUGUAUAGACGUCAAACCAGAGUGGCUGGUGAAAAUUGCCCCGCAGUACUACGAGAUGAGUAACUUCCCCCAGUGUGAAGCAAAGCGACAGUUGGAGCGUAUUAUUGCAAAACUCUCAUCCAAGGACUAUACUCAGUACUGAGAAGGUCUGCGAGUGCCGCAGCGGCAUCCUCAUACACGUAGAAAGUGAACUCUCAACCCUUUUUUCAUGUUGUCUCACUGCAUGAAAUGCAUUUUUUACCUUUUACAUUGUGCAGCUGUUUUUUAACACUAGCAAUGGAAGGACAAUACACUUCUGGUUUAUCAAUAACGUUUUGUGUCUGACUUCAUGUAAAUUUGAACAUUCCCUUGUUUAACUGCCUCUCAAAUCAUGUUAAUCUCCAGAGAUUUGCUUCUGAUCAGAUGUAAUUUGUACAGGAUUUUUGACGCAGGUACUAUGUGUCACAGAGAAGCUGAGAUUGUCACAUUACCCGUCAACUGUUCAGCUUAAUAAAAACUGACUUUGUAAUAAA